CGUUAUUCCCAGAAACACAGGUGCUGCACGUACGGGAAGGGAUUGUCCUUGUGCUUCCCUCCUGGUCGGGGCAGUGGGAGGCUGGCUGGGACGGCAGCAGCUUGGUCUUGCUCCAGUGGGUUGUCCAGUGAGUGAUUCCCGUUUCCCCUAAGGCUGCCUCUCAUUAGCAUGGACCAAGGGGAGGGCAUAAAAGACUCCACUUCAUUUUGAGUCUGGAAAAAAACUUUACUUCAAAAUGACAACCAAAGUGUUGUGGCUCCUCUGCUUUGUCCUUGGAUCAUCUCCCGGCUCCGUGGCCGGAUCCCUGCCCUCUGCGGAGAAACCCAGUCAGGCACUGAGCAAAGAUGCUUAUAGCCCAGCAGAUGCCACACCCGGUCACGCCAAGCUGCCAGCCUGGGGCACCAGCAGCGCCAGAGAGAAUCGCGUGGAACGCUGGCUUAUGCCACUUGCUGCCCCGCAGCAGCCAAAGCCUGAAAUCAUCUCCCUUUCACCAGACAAAAAGAAACACGCCAAGCCUUCCCUAGAAAACAGCACGGGGCUGAGGAAACACCUCUUGCGGUAUGGAGGAGCCCUGCCUCUGGAGAGCCCGACCAAGGGGCCUUCUCCUGCCUCCUUUGGCUUCAACCACACAAACAGAAAACAGGUGGAUAGGUGGCUGGACAAGGCUGCCAACAGCGUGUCGGCUCACUUCUAUCACACAGCAUCUUCCUACCAAAAGAUCACAUCCUUGGUGGAGGCUCUUCCUUUUCCAUACUCUGGAGCAGUGGACUCAGAUGAUCGUAACACACUGGAUCACUUCAACCGACCAGGCAAGAUCAUUUCCUAUGAUCCCUUGAAAAAGGUCACCAACCCCUCUUGGGUCACCAACCGCCAGUCCCCGAGCUCAGCGUACCACUUCAGCGCGCCGAGGAGAGGUGGCGAUAAGGAGAAAGCAUGUCUGACCGAGUGCGGGAAAGAGAGAGACGAAGCAGAGGCCUUCUGCGCUACACUGAACGGAAUUGUCUAUAACAUAGAAAGACUGGGGAACGGAGUCCACCUGAUAACGCUUUUGGUGAACAGUGAUGGAUUGUACAAGAUGAGUCGCCUGUACGUUACUCCUGAUGCCGCCUUCUUUCGAGUUCAUGUUCUAGUUGUGGAUACCUUAAACUGCAGUAAACCAUGUCCAGACUUCAAACUUGGCAGUAGAUACAUCGUGAUGGGUCGAGUGUACUACAAGCGACGACAGAUGCCCGCCGACCUGCUGCCGUUGCUGCGAGGGCGCCUGAGGCCGGGGGAUGGCUUGCUUCAGAGCAGUAGCAGCUACGUGAAGAGAUUCAACAGGAAGAGGCAUCACAAAGUGCAAGCGGCUCGCAGUAAAUGUCGAUAAGGCUUCAGUGACCUCCGUCUGGGCCACGGGCAGCGGCAGUAUUCACACUGAAAUAAACCUGGCCAUGGCGUGGCAGGAGGGGGAGGUGGGUCUCCUCACCUGUGGGACUGACAGGACACUCGUGCUCCAGCGAGUGCCGAC